AUGAACGGCGACACCUACUCAUCCAGGGAUACUGGACGUUCCCGCGAUUACUUCCGCGACGAGCGACGUGAUCGAGACCGGGGUGACAGACCCGAACGCGGAGCUGACCGAGCUGCCGACCGAGGUGCUGAACGUGGUUCCGAACGAGGAACCGAGCGUGGAUCUGAACGGGGCGACCGGAGUGAUCGCGGUGAACGACGCCGAUCGCGUUCGCCUCAUCAUGGAUCCCGAGCGGACUCUCGUCGGGAGCGCGAAGUGAACUCAUACUCAACCAGCCGUGACUACCGCGCCCGUGAGCGCGAAGACCGCUACUCUGGCCGCCGUGAUGACCGAGAGUGGGACCGUGGCGACCGUGCCGAGCGAGGUGACCGCACUGAGCGUGGAGGUGGUGAACGUGGGGGUGGUGACCGCGGUGGUGGUGACCGGGGCGAUCGUCGCCGACGUGACUUUGACGACAGACCCCGUCGCGACCUGUUUGACGACCGACGCGGCGGCGGCGGACGUGGUGGCGGAGACCGUGGUGGUGGAGACCGUGGUGAUCGUGGAGACCGUGAGCGAAGAGAGCGCAAGCGAAGCGCCACACCCCCGCGCCGCAAGGAGCCUACUCCCGAUCUGACAGAUGUGCCCUCGGUGUUGACUCGCAAACGUCGUCUGACUCAAUGGGAUAUGAAACCUCCUGGUUAUGAGAAUGUUACGGCUGAACAGGCAAAGAUCUCAGGGAUGUUCCCUCUUCCCGGAGCUCCUCGUCAGCAGCCGAUGGAUCCAAGCCGCAUGAAGGACUUCCUGAACCCCCCUACUGGAGAUAGCGACAACGCAGCCCUCAAGCCUUCCAACUCUCGCCAAUCAAAGCGCCUUUUCGUUUACAACAUCCCGCCCGGUGUCUCGGGCGAUGCCGUUAUUGCCUUCUUCAAUCUGCAGUUGAAUGGUCUUAACGUUAUUCACAGUGUCGACCCUUGCAUCUCGGCCCAAGUUUCUGAAGAUAAAUCAUUCGCGCUUCUGGAGUUCAAGGAUCCAAAUGACGCCACAGUUGCAUUGGCUUUUGAUGGAAUUACCAUGGCGGAGAGUGGAGACAAGGGACUUGAAGUGCGACGACCAAAGGACUACAUUGUUCCCGACGGCAGCGCAGCCCAGCCAGUUCAACCCGGCGUUGUUCUGAACGAGGUGCCUGACUCACCCAACAAGAUCUGCAUCUCUAAUAUUCCCACCUAUAUCAAUGAGGAAGCUAUCAUCAUGCUGCUAAAGUCAUUCGGCGACCUCAAGUCGUUUGUUUUGGUCAAGGAUGCUGCUACAGAAGAGUCUCGGGGAAUUGCCUUUUAUGAAUACGUCGACCCGAACAACACUGCUCUGGCCGUUGAAGGUUUGAACGGCAUGGAACUUGUCGAUCGCCACCUCAAGUUUGUUCGCGCCAGCAUUGGAACUACACAAGCCUCUGGCCUCGACAUGGGCGUGAAUGCCAUGCAGAUGUUCGCCAAGACCACCUCCCAGGAUCUCGAGACCACUCAGGUCCUGCAGCUUCUCAACAUGGUCACUCUUGACGAGCUCCUCAAUGACGAAGAUUACGAAGAAAUCAUGGAGGAUGUUGGCGAGGAAUGCUCCAAGUUCGGAAAGAUCAUCGGAAUGAAGAUCCCCCGCCGCGGACACGGCGCCGGUAAAAUCUUCAUUAAGUAUGAUACUGCUGAGUCUGCCACCACCGCUCUCAAGGCGCUGGCGGGUCGCAAGUUCUCUGACCGUACAGUCGUUGCCUCAUACUUCGGGGUUGAGAACUUCGACACCGAGGCCUGGUAAACCCGGGUUGAUACUGUUCAUUUUUCGUUCCCUAUUUCCCUUGAUGCAGGCGUGUUUUUUCUUUCUUUUUUCUCGGGACCAGUCGCUUUUGGAGCAGGUAGGUCCCAAAUGUGUACCAUAACAAAAAAUGCUCACAUCAUCAUCGGUUGAUUGAAAUGCUCAACUAAGGUUUUAGUUCCUUUGCCGUACAGCUCUGGUUCCCAGAGGGUUGGAAUAAGGGUUGGAUGAAAAUGGAUGAGACGAAUGUCCGUAGAAGCUGUUCUAGUUGAUCUGUUAUAGGGUGUCUACAGUGUCUUCUCCGACCUCAAUAACCAUGGUGGUUGUGUUUUUCUCUGUUUUGCAACACACUGUAGGAUAACCACUCCAAUGAAUGCA